AUGGCACAUGCGCAAGGUAUUGGUUCUCUGGCUGUUGGUUGUAUUGGUCUAGUAUUUGGUGUUGUUGCAACAGGUUCAUAUUAUAAAUACAAAGAAUUUUUGCAGCAAAAAUCCGCUGUCUUAUUACGUUAUUCUCCUGAACUACCAACAGAAUCACGUAUUGAUCUCGAUGUGAAUUUUGGUCUUGUUUAUGAUCGACGAAAUCGAAUACCUUUAUGGACAAUCGAGCAUUUAACUAGGGAAACUAUUAAACCGGGUAUCGACGUUGAUAGAGGAAAAUCAAAUUUCUGCGAAGAUAAUAACAUCCAUCCAUUUUUUCGUUCGUCUAAUGCUGAUUACGCAGGCAUGUCUAGUUCUGGUUAUGAUCGUGGUCAUUUGGUACCCGCCGCUAACCAUCGACAUUCUCAACACAGUAUGAAUAAUACAUUUUUUUUAUCAAACAUUGCUCCACAGGUUGGAGAAGGCUUCAAUCGUGAUAAAUGGAGCCACCUCGAAAGAUAUGUUCGUGCACUGGUCAAAUAUUAUGCAAAUCUUUGGGUCGUUUCGGGACCCAUUUUUUUGCCGAGACGUGAACAAGACGGCAAAUUAUAUAUGAAAUAUGAAAUGAUUGGUGCGAAUCAAGUAGCUGUACCGACACACUUUUUUAAAAUUAUCAUUGGCCGAACGAAAGACUCUCACAUUGAUGUAUUAUCAUACAUGUUACCAAAUGCUCCAAUCGAUAAUGAUGUUCCAUUAGAAACUUUUCUUGUGCCGGUAGAUGUUCUCGAAAGAAACGCUGGAUUUUUGAUAACAAAUAAAUUUUCCAAACAAGAUUUGAGAUACAUUAAUCAACCAUUACCAAUUGAUUUUAAACUGUUCCCUCCUGGACAACGUCGAAAUUCUCUUCCUUCUCCACUACCACCUCAAGCAACAUUAUCUGAACCCUCAUCAUCCGAUGUUUGA